AUGAUCUACCCGACUGAUGGCAAUCCAUCAUUUAUAAUAUCAGCAGAUUUCAAUAAUGAUAAUAGACAAGAUUUAGUUGUAGCUACGGGUGAUAACCACAAAAUUAACCUCUUUCUUGGCAAUAAAGAUCAAAUUUUGCAAACUUCAGUGACAUAUACUGUUGGUACGUAUCCAUCUUCUAUGACAUCAGCUGAUUUCAAUAAUGAUGGCAAGUUAGAUUUGGCGGUUACUAACUUGGGAAGUGCCUCUGUCAGUAUAUUGCUUGGAUACGGAGACGGAACCUUUCGUAGACAAAUAGUAUAUGCUACUGGCCAAAACCCAUGUUCUGUAAUAUCAGCCAAUUUAAACCAUGAUUACAACAUGGAUAUAGUAGUAGUUAACAAUGGUAACAAUACCAUUAGUUUAUUCUUUGGUUAUGGAAAUGGAAGCUUUCGAACUCCUAUCAUAUAUACAACUGUUAACAGUCCUGUUUCUGUAAUAUCAGCUGAUUUUAAUAAUGACGCUAAUAUAGAUUUAGCAGUUUUGAGUCGAAACGACAAAAAUGUUAGCAUAUUAUUUGGUGAUCGAAAUGGAACAUUUCAAACUAAGACAACAUUUACUGUUGGCACUGAUCCAAUUUCAUUUAUAUCAGCUGAUUUUAAUAACGAUAGUCAGUUUGAUUUAGCAGUCAUCAAUGCUGAUGCAAGAUGGGUCAAUGUGUUUCUUGGCAAUGGGGAUGGUACCUUUCAAACUUCAUUGAUAUACAACAUUGGUGAAUAUCCAAGCUAUUUGAUAUCUGCUGAUUUGAAUAAUGAUGGACGAUUAGAUUUGGUGGUGUCUAAUUGGUGGGGUGAAUCUGUCAGUGUAUUGCUUGGAUAUGGAGACGGAUCGUUCCAUAGAGCUGUCUCGUAUGCAAGUGGAGACAAUUUGAACAUCGUGAUAUCGGCUGAUGUCGAUGAUGAUGGAAAACUAGAUUUGGUAAUAGCUAAAAGCAAUCACAAUAGGUUCAUUCUAUUAUGUGGUAACGGAGAUGGCACUUUCCUAAGUCAAGUAACCCAUGCAAGUGGUGUGUCUCCGACGUCUGUAACAUCAGCCGAUUUCAACAACGAUAAAAAGCUAGAUUUAGCAGUAGUUAGUCAAUAUAGCAAUAUGGUUGGUAUUUUUCUUGGUUAUGGUGAUGGAACCUUUGGAGCUGCGGCGACAUAUCCUGUUAGCAGCUAUCCUGUCUCCGUAAUAUCAGCUGAUCUUAACAAUGAUAAAAGUUUAGACUUGGUAGCGACCAGUGUCGGUGACAACAGAGUUCGCGUAUUACUUGGAUAUGGAGAUGGAGAGUUCAGAAGCCAAGUGAAAUACGAUGUCGGUUCAUAUCCACUCUCCAUUGUUUCAGAGGAUUUUAAUCAUGAUGGAAAUAUUGAUUUGGCUGUACUCAACGCCGGUGAAAAUACCUUCAGUGUUUUACUUGGCAAUGGGGAUGGAACAUUACUCACUCAAGUAAAAUAUGAAGUACCCUCCUCUUUAUCUGCUAUGAUAUCAGCUGAUUUCAAUGAUGAUGGUAAUCUAGAUAUAAUAGUAUCGAAUAGAGAUAUGCAAUGUGUCAACAUAUUUCUUGGCAAUGAGGAUGGUACCUUUCGAACUUCAAUAGCCUAUCCAACUGGUGCUACUCCAUCUUCUUUGGUAUCAGGUGAUUUCAAUGAUGAUGGCAAACUAGACUUGGCUGUAGCCAACAAAGAUGGUGAUUCCGUUAGCAUUUUACUUGGUUAUGGCGAUGGAAACUUUCGAUCUCAAAUAACUUAUGCAGCUAAUAGUUCUCCAAAAUUUAUAAUAUCAGGUGAUUUCAAUAAUGAUAAAAACCUAGACCUAAUAGUGGGAAGUACCGAUAAAAGCACACUCACCCUAUUACUUGGUAAAGGAGAUGGAUCCUUUCGUAUUCAAAUAACAUAUUUAAUUGAUAAAAGUCCAUCAUCUUUGACAUCGGCUGAUUUCAAUGAUGACGGCAAGCUGGACAUUUUAGUGGCCAGUUUAGAUUCUAACACAAUAUCUGUUUUUCUAAACAACUGA